AUGUUCAGCCAGCUCCAGCAGCAGCAGCAGCAGUUGCUGCAGCUCCAGCAGCUGCUCCAGCAGCCCCCUCCGCAGCCCCCGCUGCCCAUGGCCGUGAGCAGGGGGCUCCCCCAGCAGCAGCCACAGCAGCAGCUUCUGAACCUCCAGGGCCCCAACGCCGCCUCCCUCCUCAACGGCUCCGUGCUGCUCCAGAGAGCUCUGCUUCUGCAGCAGCUGCAAGGACUGGACCAGUUUGCAAUGUCACCAGCCACGUAUGACAGUAUCGGUCUCACCAUGCCCACAGCAACACUGGGUAACCUUCGCAGCUACAACCUGGCCACCCCGAACCUGACAGCCCCUAGCCUCACAACCCCCCAGAUGGCCCCCCAAAACCUACAGCAGUAUUUCCCCCAGGCCACUCAGCAGUCCCUGCUGGGCCCCCCUCCCGUCAGGGUCCCCAUAAACCCCUCCAAGCUCAUCCCUUCAGGGCGGAACCCCCAGAAACAGGCCCGGACCACCCCUGAUCGCAAGGACUCUUCUUCGCAGACGAUGCCCGUGGAAGACGAGGCAGACCCCCCAGCGGGGUCUGAGGACUCUGCGGAGCCCCGAACGGACACGCCAGACCAAGGCUCCCCUCCCCGCCCGGAUGGUGCUGCUAAGGAGAAAUGCACUUCGGCGUCUGAGCCAGGGUCCUGUGAGGCGUCUGAGCCACCGGCUAAAAGGUCGAAGAGCUCAGAGGAGCCCACAGGAAAGGGACCCCCAGGGCAGCUGCAGGCGAAGGUCCAGCCGCAGGCCCGGAUGACGGCACCGAAGCAGACGCAGACGCCCGAGCUGCUGCCCGACCCCCUGGAAGCCCGCGUGCGGCCACGGUUCCAGCCGCGGGUCCUGCAGAUCCAGGCCCAGGUGCAGCCACAGAUUCAGCCACAGGUGCCGCCCGUGGGCGCCCAGGUGCAGCCAACGCUGCAGAAGCAGGCGCAGACCCAGACCUCUCCAGAGCACUUCCUGCCGCGGCCGGCGCAGGUGCAGCCCCCGAGGCAGGUGCAGCCCCCGACUCAGGUCCAGGCAGGAACACAGCCCAGGGUCCAGCCCACGGAGCAGCCACCAGAGCAGCCUCCAGUGCAGCCACCGGACCAGACGGAGGGGCAGCCUCCAACGCAGCCCCCGGUGCUGGCGACAGGGCAAGAGCCUGUUCCGGCUGAUGCCCCUCGGCAGGAGUCGCCGCCCAGUGCGGGAGAAACGGAAGCAGGCCUGGAGGAGGCCUCCCCGGAGCCGGGGGCGGCACAGGGCAGCACGGACGGGCGCCAGGAGGAGCUGACCGGCGGCCUGGAUGUGGGAGAAUGUGAAAAAAGAGCGAGAGAGAUGCUCAGGGUGUGGGGUGCCGCGGGCUCCCUGAAGGUCACCAUCCUGCAGAGCAGCGACAGCCGGGCCUUCAGCACCGCAUCCCUCCCACCCGGGCCACGCUCCAGCGACGCCGCCUCCGCCAGCCCUGCCGCCGCCGGCGUGCCCCCCAAGAGGGUGCUCCAGUUCUUCUGCUGCCUGUGCAGGGCCGGCUGCUGCAGCCAGCAGGAGUUCCAGGACCACAUGUCGGGGGCCCAGCACCAGCAGCGGCUCGGGGAGAUCCAGCACCUGAGCCAGGCCUGCCUCCUGUCCCUGCUGCCCGUGCCCCGGGAUGUCCUGGACAGAGAGGCUGAGGAGCCGCCUCCGAGGCGCUGGUGCCACACCUGCCGCGUCUACUACGUGGGGGACCUGAUCCAGCACCGCCGGACGCAGGACCACAAGAUCGCCAAGCAGUCCCUGCGGCCUUUCUGCACCGUCUGCAGCCGCUACUUCCGGACCCCCCGCAAGUUCGUGGAGCACGUGAAGUCCCAGGGGCACAAGGACAAAGCCAAGGAGCUGAAGGUGUCCGAGGAGGAGCCAGCUGGCCAGGGGGAGGACCACUUCAUCACGGUGGAUGCCGUGGGUUGCUUUGAGGACGAUGACGAGGAGGAGGAGGAGGAGAAUGAGGAAGAGAUCGAGGCUGAGGAGGAAUUCUGCAAGCAGGGAAGGUCCAAAGGGAUAGCCACAGACGAGUGGAAAGACGCAGAGACCCACAGCCCCAGCACCGCACAUGGCUCGGACGUCAUGGUGCCCGUGAUGGGCUACGUCUGCCGCAUCUGCCACAAGUUCUACCACGGCAACUCGGAGGCCAAGCUCUCCCACUGCAAGUCCGCGGCCCACCUGGAGAACCUGCAGAAACUCAAGAAGGCCCAGGAUCCCAGCCCUGCCGCCAGGCCCGUGAGCCGCCGGUGUGCCAUCACCGCCCGGAACGCCCUGACGGCUCUGUUCACCACCAGCGGCCGCUCACACCCCCAGCCCGGCAUCCAGGACACGGCCAAGCCCCCCAGCAAGGUGACCGCCCAGGCUCCCCAGCCCCCCCCAUUCCGGCGCUCAACCCGCCUCAAAACCUGA